CCUCGGUCUCAGAUUGGUUGAAGCAAGUUAGGGUUCUUCUUCGAUCGAUUCUUCCUUUAUCCUUCCGAAAGCUUUUGAAUGGUUGGCAUUUCCGGAGGUAGUGGGUUGCUGGCCCGAUGCUCCAACUGGUCGAUCGAUCCCAAAUCUACUGAGGGAUCCGUGGUUUUGUUGUCAGUAAAUCUUGUCCUUUGGUUGUCUUCUUGAUCUCUUUCACCAAAAUUUGGAAGGCUGGGGAGGAUUCGAGCCCGCGAGAGAGAUCCAGGGAUGAGCGAGCACCCGGGCCACCACAUCCAUAUAACGGCGGCCGACCACCAGGCCCUGCCGUCCGCGGCCCUCACGGCCCACAUCGAUGGUGCCAGUGGCCGUAACGGAGAGUUGAUCGCUGCCGCCGACGCGCAGGCCUUGCAGCAGUACCACGAUGCGGAUCACAGCAGUGGCAGCGUCGGCCACGGUAUGGAGGAGGACGGGGUUGGGGCCAUGGAUCACGAGGGGAUGGAGACGGAAGGGCCGUCUGAUCCGAACCAUUUGGGUGAUGCCCAAACCCUGAUCUCGCCGCAAGUGGGCGGGAAUCAGCUCACGCUGUCGUUCCAAGGCGAUGUUUAUGUUUUCGAUUCCGUCUCCCCAGAAAAGGUUCAAGCCGUGCUCUUGUUGCUUGGAGGCCGUGAGAUGCAUACUGGCCUGAAUCCUUUUCCGUCAACUUCUGUACAAAACAGGCGUGUGAAUAUUCCCCAUAGAGUUGCAUCCUUGAUGCGCUUUCGGGAGAAGCGGAAAGAGAGAAAUUUUGAAAAGAAAAUACGGUACACUGUUCGGAAGGAGGUCGCACUGAGGAUGCAAAGAAACAGGGGUCAAUUUACAUCAUCUAAAUCGAAAGCUGAAGAUUCCACUGGUGGUGCUACCACUACUGAUGCAAACCAAAAUUGGGGUUCACCAGAGAACAAGACCCCGGGAGCAUCUGCGUGCCAUCACUGUGGCAUCAGUGCAAAGUCUACACCGAUGAUGCGCCGUGGGCCUGAUGGACCAAGGACCUUAUGUAAUGCAUGUGGACUUGUGUGGGCAAACAAGGGAACAAUGAGGGAUCUUUCGAAAAAUCCAGCUCCGACUACUCCGAAUGCCUUGUCAGAACCAAAAGAAGGGGACAACUCUGCGGAAGCAGUCGGAUCACAGCCGAUUGCAGUGGGUGUUAAUGGCCAUGAUACAUCAUGAGAAGUGCUGUGCUUAUUCCAUAAGCACGGAGUGCAAGAGAUCGAGUGAUCUAACAGGGAGACUCGCUCCCGCAUGGCUUUUCCGAUAACGUGUGAUGCUGUUUAUCCGACGUGCAUGUACUAUAGUUUUAGAAUUUAGAACGUAGUCUUUCUGGCAUCUAGGGUUUAUUUUCAAACGACUGCAACUUUGUUCCAGUUGAAUGUGUAUGAACGAUUCUUUGUGCAGAAGAAUAACUGGCGUUCGUAUUGGCUGUUUAA